AUGUUUCCUGCAUACUUGUAUUACCCCAUCUACUGUAGUUUUAUCUUGGGCCUCGUACCAAACAACCCGCAAGCUCAGUGUCGAGGAUGUCUGUCUUAUACUGUCUUGGCGGGGCUUACAAAGGGAAAAGGGGCUUUAGGCCACGCAGGUCUUGGGCAUCACAUAUGGUACCUAAAUGAGAAGACUAUUGAUAUAUAUCAGAAGGUAGAUCUUGGGUUAACAUUCCCAGCUGCUUCUCUCAGUAUUCUGUUCAUUUGUUUUCGGGAUGUAUCUGACCCGGCUUUCUCAAAUAUUGUUCCUACAUCGAGUCAUCAUUAUCACAGAUACCCAGUGGCUCCGUACCGUCCUAGUUGUCGUUAUAGUGUUUAUAUCCCUAGGAUCAUGCACUCUGGUUGCUUGUUUUAUCUUUGCUUGUCAGCCAAUAUCAAAGUCUUGGAACAUCGCACUUCCAGGAAAAUGCAUUAA